GUCACAGUGUGACGCCGCCCAGCGCGAGCUCAGGGCGGGCUGAGGGUGAGAACUCAACCCGGCGAGUAUCGACACACAAACGGACAGGAGUGCAGGGGGAGUGCUCCAGACCGACCCAAACGAGUCUUUGGGAAUACAAUAUUUCAUUUUAUUGAUUGUGGUAAUCUGUGAAUUCCUCUAAUCGGAUACGAGCCGUUCAUCUGAGUCGCUACCGAACAGGAGGAAGUGAAGCGAUGAAUAAGCUACGGCAGAGUUUCCGGAGAAAGAAAGACGUGUAUGUGCCGGAGUCCAGCCGGCCGCACCAGUGGCAAACGGAUGAGGAGGCCGUGCGAGUUGGAAAGUGUAGCUUCGCUGUCAAGUAUCUGGGACACGUGGAGGUGGAGGAGUCUCGUGGCAUGCAUGUCUGUGAAGAAGCCGUCAAGAGACUGAAAACGGACAGAAAGUUCUUCAAAGGCUUCUUUGCAAAAUCGGGUAAGAAGGCCAUACGGGCGAUGCUGAUGGUGUCUGCGGAUGGCUUGAGGGUCGUAGAUGACAAGACGAAGGACCUUAUUCUGGACCAGACAAUAGAGAAGGUAUCGUUCUGUGCACCGGACCGAAACUUCGAGCAUGCUUUCUCCUACAUCUGCAGAGACGGCACCACUCGCCGCUGGAUCUGUCACUGUUUCAUGGCCAUCAAAGACUCGGGGGAGCGUCUCAGUCACGCGGUGGGCUGCGCGUUUGCCGCGUGUUUGGAGAGGAAACAGAAGAGGGAAAAGGAGUGCGGGGUCACCGCCACCUUUGAUGCCAACCGUACCACUUUCACACGGGAGGGCUCCUUCCGCGUCACCACGGCAACAGAGCAGGCGGAGCGAGAGGAGGUCAUGCGACAACUGCAGGAUGCUAAGAAAGACUCGGAGGUGAUGUUGAGCAACUCUUCUGGCGGUGUGAUUAACCCAUCGGUCUCCCUCGUCGGAUCCAACGGCUCGUCCUCGUCUCCUCCUCUGUCCACAGCGGGUCCUCAGGAUAACAACCCUCACGCCAUCCCUCGUCGGCACGCCCCUGUGGAAGUGAUGGCUCGGCAGGGAUCGUUCCGGGGUUUCCCAACGCUCAAAACCUCGCCUUUUAAACGGCAGAUGUCACUGCGCAUGAAUGAACUGCCAUCCACUGUGCAGCGCAAGUCUGAUUUCUCUAUCAAAAACACUGUGAUGGAAGUGGAGGGUGAAGGUGACAGCAUCAGCUCUCUCUGCACUCAGAUCACAUCUACCUUCAGCAAACCCACAGAAGAUCCCUUCUCAUCCGCACCCAUGACCAAACCUGUGUCCUCACCGCAGUCGCCCUCUGUUCCAGUGAAUGGCACAGCUCCUGCCUUCCCACCACCCAGCGUCACCGUAACGGUUGCUAACUCUCCCAUCCUACCACCUCCUCUGCCGGUCCGAGAGACUAACCCCUGGGGCAAAACCCCAGCACCGGCCCCUACGACGGCACAGACGGGGGUUGAAUGGCCGAAUGCCGCACCUGCAGUCAACUCCAAUCUUUCCCCAUCUGUGACCUCUCACAAGCGCACACCAUCUGAAGCAGACCGCUGGCUGGAGGAGGUGACCAAGUCUGUGAGAGCCCAACAACCUGCCGUCACCGAGACGCCUCCUGCCGCAGUGCCUGCUCCUAUGGCAUCAGGUCCUUCUGCACCCUUCAUGUCCACCUUACCUCCUGCGGUCCCCGUCGUGCCCCCGCGCCAACCCGCAUUUCACGCACAGGCCCCGGCUUCUUUCCCGGUGUCUAACGGGCUCCCGUACGUCCAACCGAGCUUUCCGGUGGUCGGCAUCACACCUUCCCAGAUGGUGGCCCAUGUGUUUGGUUCUGCCACACAAACUCAACCCAUCGCGGCGGUGCCCGUCCCAGUGCCCCAGACGCAGCCUCAGUCAUCACCCUUCUCCACCCCGCCAUUAGCUCAGUUCGAAACCCAAAGCGCAUGCAGUGCAUUCGGCAAACCGCUCUUACCUCCGCCGUCAAGCGCCACAGUGCUGCAGCCGCCCAAAGCGAGUGCCGCUAUAAACGGCGCUAACAGCUGGCCAUCACCCGUGCAGUCUUCAGCGGCACAGCAGCCGGUCGAUGCUUUUGAGGCCCAGUGGGCCGCCCUGGAGAGUCGAUCGCAGCAGCGCACCGCUCCGUCCCCUACGAACCCCUUCUCCAGUGAUCUUCACAAGACCUUUGAGAUUCAGCUUUAAGGACUCACAAACCAACACUGAAGGACAACACGUUGGAUGUUUAGUGGAGGGACAACAAAAGGGGGAUCGGCCCCGCGAACCACUUCAGCUCCAUAUCUCCAUAUCUUUGCUUUGUUUGUCUGUUUUACAUCCGUGACAUGACCAGAUAGAGACGAGGGGGUGGAUGGAUGGAUGAAUGUUGAAACAUUUUUAAAACAAAUCUUUAAAUGCCCUAACAUGACCCGAUAUUGUUCAGUACUCCCGUUACACCACUAACUCGCCUCACAGCGCCCCCUAGCAGCAGGCUGGAUGACUGCUCCCUACCUGAAGGACGAGGCACUGAAGAUCUUCGAGGUUCUUGUAGAACUUCACAAUUCGAAGAGGAUGAAUGCCAAAAUCUUUAUUUUUAUGCAUUAAGUAUAUUUUAAAUAGCUUUGAGAUUUAACAGAAGAGCUGUAAAUAAUCUUUCCAAAGGUGCAGGCUUAUUUUGUGUGCAUACUGGAAAAGAGCAUAUAUAUAUAUAUAUAUGUUUGUGUGAAGGGACAUUUUUAAUUUCUUGUCUCUUUUUCAGUUUUAGUCUUAUGGCCACCUCACAUAGUUUGGAUGUUUUGUAUGUAGAUAAUCAAUGUGGACCCAGCGCUGGGUUUAAAGACCUUUAAAUCAAGCUGGUCCCAGACAAUGUUGUUAUUUUAACCUUUUUUGUUACUCAUCAAUACUUUUAUUUCUUUUACUCAUAUAUAUAUAUAAUAAUUUUUAGAAGGUUUUUUUAAUGAAUUUUAACACUAUUUGACAGUGUCUGUCAAGCCACUUUAAUUUGUAUUUUAUUUGGAUAAAGAGAGAUAUCUAUUCAUGAUAGCACAAGCACUGUAAUCAUUGAUCAUUUAGCCACUUAAUGUGGUCUUUGGCAUUGAUGAGCUUCAAUCUCUGUCUGUAAAUGACCUGUGGCUCCAGCCAAAAAAUGGUUCCGGUUAGAUUAAAUAUAAGUUUUUUAUUAUUUUUUUCCACUCGUCCGAUCAACCCUUUUGUUUAAUCAAACAUGAAGAUGAUUUGGUCCUGUUUUUAGGUUUUGAUUCCAUUUUGUAAGUAUUUCAUUGUAUUCCAAUUCUUUACGGAAAAAUUUAAUCUCAAAGAUUGAAUAAAAUGUUGGUGAUAGAGGAAAACAA